CACGUACCCUUGAUCAAGCAAUCAGUAAGUCUGAAGUCAUGACCGGCUGAAUUCGGACGGCUGGUAAGGUGCUCAAAAAAGUACCGGAACAUCCGCAAUGUGGGCGUCGUUGGCGUUUAGUAGUGAACUCUUCCACGACUGACAACCCACACCAACAUGGCACCCGCGGAGCCGAAUCAUAAGCCAUUCCAGGUACAGGGCGAACUGCCUACAUUCGAGGAGGAGCGUGAAGGAUGGAAGGGCUACAUUGAGUGGGAAAGAUAUCCCGAGAAGAAGAGGAAGGCAGCGGAUAUCCUGGCGAAAUACGACUUCCCUGUGCCUCCAGAGUUCCAGUUCGAGCCGUUACCCAAGAGCAAUCCUGUGCUGGAGGGAGUGCGCUGGAAGCACUACCACUAUGCCAUGGGACCCACCAUCAGCAACAUGCCCGACAUAUCAUGGGAUUACGUUAAGAAAGAGAAGAGUGAGGACAUGAUCCACGUCCUACAGUUUCCAUACAACGGCGAGCCACCGAGAAAACGCCUGGUUGAGACCGAGAUUACGAACAACCCCGACUUCUUCGUGCGCAAUCACGGCGGCAUCCCCGAAAUUGACUCCAGCAAAUACUACUUCGAAGUCGAGGGUCUUGUCAACGACCCCAAGAAAAUCACCCUCGAACUACUCAAAGACGAAUCCGUUUUCCCCCGCCAAUCGACUGUCGCCAGUCUGCAGUGCUCCGGCACUCGCCGUAUAGAGCAGAUUCACGAGUACCCUGGUGAUGGCGAUGAGCUUAUCAAUGCUCCAUGGGGUGAGGGCGCCAUCGGUACUGCACGCUGGACCGGUGUGUCCUUGAAGAAGGUAAUCAAAUACUGCGGUGGAUUGAAAGACGACGGUGCUCAUCUCGAGUUCUUCGGCGCCGACACAUAUUUCAAGAAGGGAGAGGUGUACAACUAUGCCGUCUCUGUCCCUGUUCGCAAGAUGAAGAUCAACGAGGUGUUGCUGGCGUGGGAGAUGAACGAUGAGCCCCUUCCCGCGAUUCACGGUUUCCCUCUCCGUGUCGUGGUUAUGGGAUACAUCGGCGCUCGCUCUUGCAAGUGGCUGACACGCAUCAACGUCAUCAACGCACCUUCUAUGGCACCUGUUCAGAUGAAGGAGUAUCUGUACUACACUCCUCAGAUGGGUAAGCAGAACGUCACGUACAGCAGCGGUUUCAGUAUUCAGACCAUGCCUGUCUCGUCUGCGAUCAUGACGCCUGUAAAUAACGAUGUCAUCAUUCACGAUGGCACGAUCACGUUUACUGGAUGGGCUUUCAGCGGUAGCGGAUGGCCUGAACGUGUCGAAGUCAGUAACGAUGGCGGAGGUGUGUGGUAUGAAGUGCCAGACGAGAAUCUGAGUAAGAAGUACUUCCACGCCUGGAGAACCUGGUCGUUCGAAUGUCCAGUUGAUGCUGAGGGUUGGCUUGAAUUUUGUGUCAGAUGUUGGGACGAUGCCCUGAACACACAACCCACCUACGUUCGCAGCGCGUGGAAUUGGGACUUGCACGUCACUUCUUCCUGCCACCGCGUCAAGAUCUACAGUGUCAACAAGUCGAGGCCAAACACUGCUAAACGACUCAAGCAGUUUGAGGAGAGGGGUCUACCGUUCUUGCCGCUCACGCGCCCUGUGCCUUUCGAUCUCGAGACAGAGGAGGAUUAUCUCAAAGAAAUGCAGAAGCGCGAUGGUCGUGACCCCACCGAAUAAAGAAACAGGGCAGUCCAGAUGUAACAAACGAUUGAAAGUGAUGCGGCAUGUAGCACAAGGUCUCCUUACGUAUUCAAAAU